AUGCCCAAACUCCUACACAUCUUCAAGUGCAUCCAUCCUGGUUCCUCAGAUGAAGCAAAGACCAUGGUGGCAGCAGACCCUGCAGCACAGGAGGUGAUAAAACCAUCCCCAUACCUGGCCAUACUUUCAUCAGAAGAAAUAAACUAUAAAACCAAGCAGCAGUUUUUCAAUAUGCAACUCACAAAUGAAAAGCAUGCAGACGAGAAACCCAUUAAUGCUAUCAUUAUAAAUUCAGUAUCCGAAUUCAAUAUCACAGAUGGACCAGCCAAGGAAACCCCCAGUGAGAAAAAACUGUCAGAAUUCAGCACAUCACUGUCCUCCCUUGAAGAAUGCCAAACGAAAUUUUCCUACCUCCAAACUGAUACUUCAGUUCAUCAGAGAGACACUGAUGAGGAGUGUGCCUCUCUCAUCCUCACCUGUCUGUUUUGCCAGUUUUGGGACUGCCUCCUGAUGCUCCCAGAUACGUGCGAAACAGUGUGUACCAACCUGUGCUGCCCCUCUCACAGGUACCACCACACCUCGGAUGAAAGCCACCCGCGGCACGACUGCAAGUGCAACUGUGACGUUGACUGCAGUCUUUUUGAAUCUUGCCACGAGACCAGCGAGUGUCUGGAGUUGGCCAUGGAGAUUUCAGAAAUCUGUUACCGCUAGCACAAUGAAGUCAACGACGUUCCGGCAGACCCUUUGGCCCCACAGGGAAACUCCAUGACAAUAAGACUGAUUUCUAUGCGCUGAAAUGUAAGGAUUGUACGCAUUUCUUGGAUGCCAUAGACCAUUUUAUUCUGCACCUGGCUGGCAAGGGUAGGGUUGUCAACUCAAUGGUCUUAUUCCAAAUUUCAUUACUGCAUGGCUCGUUGGAAAAAAAUAUCUUGAUCAUGUGUGAUGAACGAUCUUAAAUACCUCGUAAAUGCCAUAGGUACAAGGUGUUUCUUGACUGCAAAAAAGCAUGCUAAACCACUCCGUGUUACUGCGUUCAUUGGCUUGCAUCAUGGAUUCAACUUCAUUCACAAAUUCAGGACA